ACUUUCAACCAAACAAUCACAAAGUCGCCUUCUUCUUCUUCUUCUUCUUCUUCUUCCUCUUUCUCGAUUUUCCAUUUUUGUUUUUUGGUGUUUGAUUUUGGAAUCAGCAACAAGCAAUCACCGAUCAUGUCUUCGGUAAUCUCUCAGCUCUCUUCCUUCUCUUCCAUCAGCCGCAGACUACAUCUACACACUCGGCCAUGCCCCACUUUUCGUUCCGAGGUACUGGUUGUCAUGAACAGUGAUGGAAGUGGCACAGGGAUAUCAGGUUCACAGACUAAGACCAAUCUGAGUUAUACUGCAGAUGCUUCAAGAUCACAUAUUGAGGGGUCAGCAAAGUCCUACGCAACUACAUCAGAAAAUGGCAAUGGAAAAGGGAUGAAUGAGCCAGUACAAGGACAUGCUGUCACCCAACAGAUAAGGGCAGCAAAGAUCCAUGAUUUUUGUCUUGGCAUUCUUUUGGUGGGCUUUUUUUAAGUGGGGGGCUUAUUGGUUUUAUAUUUACAAGAAAUCUUACUACUUUACGCACUGAUGCACUCUUUGGAGCUGCUUUGCUAUCCCUCAGCACCUUAAGCUUAAAGGUCUGGAGACAAGGAAAAUCUAGCUUCCCAUUCAUACUAGGACAAGCAGUAAUUGCUGUGGCACUUCUUUGGAAGAACUUUCAGACCUACUCUAUG